GUCGGCGACGGCGGAGUCGAGGCAGCCGCGAGCGCUCGGCUGAGUGUCAGCCGGCGGCGACGGCGCACGAGCUGGGAGUUAGGGACACGCGCGCCGGACCUGCCGCCGCCGCCGCCGCCGCCGCGCUGCGGCCGCUGCUGCCACCACCCAGAGCCUGAGGCGCCGGGGCCGAGGAAGCCGGGGGGCGGGCGAGCGGGCCGGGGGGGAGGGUGGGGGAUGGCGCGGACCCCGGGGCCGGCCCCGCUGUGUCCCGCAGGCGGUAAAGCACAACUUUCCUCCGCUUCUCCCCCCGGGGCCGGGCUCCUGCUGCCGCCCCCGACGCCACCUCCGCUGCUGCUGCUGCUCUUCCCGCUGCUGCUCUUCUCCCGGUUCUGUGGUGCCUUAGCUGGACCAAUUAUUGUGGAGCCGCAUGUCACAGCAGUAUGGGGGAAGAAUGUUUCAUUGAAGUGUUUAAUUGAAGUAAAUGAAACGAUAACACAAAUUUCAUGGGAGAAGAUACAUGGCAAAAGUACACAGACUGUUGCAGUUCAUCAUCCUCAAUAUGGAUUCUCUGUUCAAGGAGAAUAUCAGGGAAGAGUCUUGUUUAAAAACUAUUCACUUAAUGAUGCAACAAUUACUCUGCAUAACAUAGGAUUCUCUGAUUCUGGGAAAUACAUAUGCAAAGCUGUCACAUUCCCACUUGGAAAUGCCCAGUCCUCUACAACUGUGACUGUGUUAGUUGAACCCACUGUGAGCCUGAUAAAAGGGCCAGAUUCUUUAAUUGAUGGAGGCAAUGAAACAGUAGCAGCCAUUUGUAUCGCAGCCACUGGAAAACCAGUUGCACAUAUUGACUGGGAAGGUGACCUUGGGGAAAUGGAAUCCACUACAACUUCUUUCCCAAAUGAAACAUCCACAAUCGUCAGCCAGUACAAGCUGUUUCCAACCAGGUUUGCUAGAGGACGGCGAAUUACUUGUGUUGUAAAACAUCCAGCCUUGGAAAAGGACAUCCGAUACUCUUUCGUAUUAGAUAUACAGUAUGCCCCUGAAGUUUCAGUAACAGGAUAUGAUGGAAAUUGGUUUGUUGGGAGAAAAGGUGUUAAUCUCAAGUGUAAUGCUGAUGCAAAUCCACCACCCUUCAAAUCUGUGUGGAGCAGGUUGGAUGGACAAUGGCCUGAUGGUUUACUGGCUUCAGAUAAUACUCUUCAUUUUGUCUAUCCACUGACUUUCAAUUAUUCUGGUGUUUAUGUCUGUAAAGUGACCAAUUCCCUUGGUCAAAGAAGUGAUCAAAAGGUCAUCUACAUUUCAGAUCCUCCUACUACUACCACCCUUCAGCCUACAAUUCAGUGGCAUCCUUCAACUGCUGACAUCGAGGAUCUGGCAACAGAACCUAAAAAAUUGCCCUUCCCAUUGUCAACUUUGGCAACAAUUAAGGAUGACACAAUUGGCACAGUCAUUGCUAGUGUAGUGGGUGGGGCUCUUUUCAUAGUACUUGUAAGUGUUUUGGCUGGAAUAUUCUGCUAUAGGCGAAGACGGACGUUUCGCGGAGACUACUUUGCCAAAAACUACAUUCCACCAUCAGAUAUGCAGAAAGAAUCACAAAUAGAUGUUCUUCAACAAGAUGAGCUUGAUUCUUACCCAGACAGUGUAAAAAAAGAAAAUAAAAAUCCAGUGAACAAUCUAAUACGUAAAGACUAUUUAGAAGAGCCUGAAAAAACUCAGUGGAACAAUGUAGAAAAUCUCAAUAGGUUUGAAAGACCAAUGGAUUAUUACGAAGAUCUAAAAAUGGGAAUGAAGUUCGUCACUGAUGAACAUUAUGACGAAAAUGAAGAUGACUUAGUUUCACAUGUAGAUGGUUCAGUAAUUUCCAGGAGGGAGUGGUAUGUUUAGCAUCCACUGAAUGUGACUUAACUAUGUACAAUGUUUCAUUCAUACUAGUUGAUCAUUUUCAGAUUGUUCAUACUUUUUCUUGAGGAAGAAUAACCUUUUUCAAGUUGAUUUUUGAGCUUACUUUUUAUAUUCUGAUCUGACAAAUGAAAAUGUAAAAUCUGGGUUCAAUGUAUCUGAGCUGCUUUACAAUUUUUUUCAAUGCUGUACUACUGUCUCAAGAUUUAAAAUUUAAUGCAGAGUACUUUAUUGGUCUGAGGCACACAGGUAAGAAGAAAUGUCAAUGUUAAAUGUAUGAUUUUUUUGGUACAAAAAUUAAAAAAAGGAAACUACCUUGGUAUUGAGUAUUAAAUGUUUACCUAAGACUAUAAUCUCAAGUAUAGUGUGUGUAAAACAUAUACCUCUCACAAUUUAUCACCACUAAAUUAUACUGCAUCAAAAUUGACUAUAAAACUAAUUCAAGAAAUGUUUAUAUAUAUAUAUAUUUUUAGUACACUAAAAAUAUUCAGCCUGAUGAAACAUUUUUCCUUUUCAAACAUCAUUUUUUAAGUUUCUAUACAAAUGAAAUCUUACCUCUGCAUUUUAAUGAGCCUUGCCAUAAUUACUGUAGAGUGGCUUUUCAAAGAUAUUUUGUUGCACUAAAACUGUGGUAGUUAACUCAGUGAAUAUGAUGUGUGAAAGAGCAUAAUUAGCUGGUCAGUAUUUUUGUCCAAAAUAUAUUCAAGAGUAAUAAAAUACAUGCCUUCUAAACAUGGUAAUUAUUACAAUUUUUCAUCUCUGGAAGAUAGUUCUUAAAUUGUUUUGUGAACAUUGAUUUUGGUACAUUAAGCAUUAUCCUUAUAUUUAAUGCUUUAUUUCCUAAGUAUAUGAGUAGUAAUGAAAGUAAAGGUACUCAGAAAAAUACAGUGCAGAGAGGGCAUUUUAGUAUACUGACUUACCAGUUUGAGAAAUGAGGUGUUUUGGCCAGAAAUCCACAAAGAAUUUUCUAAACCAUCUCAUUUUAGUUAUUUAAUGUUGAUAUUGUUCAAACGGGUAAAUGUACAGGAAAAAAAUAAACUUGGAAACUUGGGAUUUAACUAGAAAAAUCUGAAUUAUAGAACCAGUUGGUAAUACUUGCUGAUGAAUUGGCAAUCCAUCCCCUUUUUCCUCCAUUUUCUCCUAAAUGUAUGUAUGUGUUUCAAGAUUUUUGUUUUUCCAAUUAAAACUGGAAACAUACCACGAGA